UUUUUAUUUCUUCUCAAAAACUUCAUGGAGUAACUUAUUUUUUCGGUGUAAAAUUUCUUUGACAAAAAAUUUAAAAAACAAACAUAACUUUCGGUUUCGUAAAAAUUCCAAAUUAUUUUUAUCUAAAAUGUUCUCAUCGGCCUUAAUUGGGCGAUCACUAAGUUGCUCUGCUCCACGUCUUUUGCCAAAAUCUCUACUGCUUGCAGUGCCCCCAACUGCCACGGCGCCAUAUGCAGAUCGUUUUUCGUCUUCUCGAGCGCAGUGUGCGCAGAAUGUUUCCAGUAAAAAGAAGGAAAUAAAGGAAGAAAAACCGAAAUCAAUGUGGCUGAAUCCUGAAUGUUGUUUAGAUCCGUGCCCUGAUCUGUUGCCGCGAUACGAUGAACUCUACUACAAGCCGUCGGAUAAGUUCAAACGUGUAUACACACAAACUUGGGUUGAGUGUCCAAAAGUGAAGACCGCAGUGAAGAAAAUCUGUUGCUAUAAAAAUGUUAUACCGCCACCUUUCAAACGUCGUAAGUUCAAGAGGCGAACAGCAGCAGAUGAAUGUAAGCCAAGACCAACAAAUCUAAUGCCUUGCAAGACAAGAAACUUAAAAACCUUAUGCCCAAAACUUAUAAUGCCUGGGUGUAAUGCAGCUCGCAGCUCAACGAAAUGUAAACGAGAGACGUUAAAGGCUAAAUGUCGUAAAAUCUGUACACCAUACCCAAGUUUCUCUGAAUGCUCGAAGAAAAAGCCAUGUCCAUCGCGAGCGGUCGAGUGCCGGUGCCUAGAUAUACCAUCCUUAUGUGAAGUUUGGGAGGAAUUACGACGCCGUGCGACAUUCAAAAAGAUCUGAGCAAGGAGAAAGAGAACCAAUUGACCAUCACAAUAUAUUAGAAUUAUUGUCCCAAUUUCGAACAAAAAAUAAUUAUACUUCGUAAAUUGAAAAUAAAUUUGAUCCUGUA